CUGCUCCCACUCGUGCGCGCUCUGAGUAGCAGCAGACAGUGCUAAAUAAGUGAAGCCUUUUCAGAGGCAAUAAGGCAGCCGCAGCAGCAGCAUCGUCCGCAGCAGCACACACACUGACAGUCGCGCGGGCUGUUAGAACGCCGACGCUAUCUGGUCUCGCGCACUCUGGACGCGCUGCAAAAUUACUUUGAAUAUUCUCUAUUUAGGCUCUCCAGAACAAUUUCCGUAUUCUCUUCGACCUUAAUAGGUUAUAUAUUGUUGUGCGCUGGCACGGAUGUUCUAUUAGGCUACCCUGCUGUCUCUUGGCUGGUGAAAAUACUCGGGAGGUGAAUUUGUAUCCAACUGUCAACGAGAGUGGAUGACUCUGGUCGACCUCUGUCAUCUUGAAGUUGUCUUAUUUGGGCUUUUUGAGCAUCCUACGGACUGUGAAUUGUGAUGUUCUUGUGCCAUUGUCGCGCUGCUUCACCAGGUUGAGAGGAUAGUGUUUGAGUUGGAGAGAUUUUAACGCGGAAACCUUGUGCAUCACGGAGACCAGGAGGAGAGAACCGUCAGCGCCAAUAACACCUGCAACAGAACGCGUCUCCGUUUCUUCCAUAUAUGGUGCAACAUCAAAACUGGAACCUUGGAAUAAUCCUACAGAAAACCUGUCAUCGAGAAUAAAUCUGUUUUAAAUUCGCUGUGAUAGGCUACACUCGGGUUGAGGUUGCUCGCUGCUGUUGAACUCCCUACCUAGGCUACGGUUGCUGUUUUACUGUUUGGACCAUUUUAAUAUAUUCUCCUCUCGGCUCGGACGACCCCGAAUUUGCGAUGCUUGAGCAGUGAGACCUGGGUGGGAUCUUAUUUGGUCGUCCUGCACGCCACAGUAGCAUGGCCCCGUCGCGAAGGCACUGCGGAUGGGAGAUGACGCCUCUGUCGCGAUGCCUGCUCCUGUCCAUCUUGGCGUUUCAACCUGCGCUAGCCAAGGUCUGCAAUGACUAUACGAGGCACGGUCAGGACAACAGCUGGUUCUCGGGGGAUGAUGAGAAGUUGCCCAUCAUGGUGCUCAUGCCGAUGAACGAGUCGGCGCUGAUGAGCAGCAUUAGUCAGGGCAUCGAGCCCGCUGUCCAACUGGCCAUCCAGCACAUACGAGAGUCACAGAAUUACAAGUUUUCACUCAUCACCAAAAUCUACGACACCGAGUGUGACAACGCCAAGGGUUUGAGGGCCUUCUUCGACGCCAUAUGCUACGGACCCAAACACCUGAUGAUCUUCGGAGGGGUGUGUCCUUCUGUCACAUCCAUCAUCGCUGAGUCACUGGAGGGGUGGAACCUGGUGCAGCUCUCCUUUGCGGCAACAACUCCUGUUCUGGCCGACAAGAAGAAGUACCCCAACUUUUUUCGGACGGUUCCGUCGGACAACGCGGUGAACCCAGCAGUGGUCAAGUUCCUCAACCUCUACAACUGGAGCCGCGUGGGGACCCUCACACAGGACGUUCAGAGGUUCUCCGAGGUGAGGAAUGACUUGACCAAUGAGCUGGAAAAGGCGGACAUCCAGAUCGCUGACACUGAGAGCUUCUCCAACGACCCCUGUGUCAACGUCAAGAAGCUGAAGGAUAAUGACGUAAGGAUCAUUAUCGGACAGUUUGAUGAGAACCUGGCCUCCAAAGUAUUCUGCUGUGCGUACAACCUGAACAUGUAUGGUAGUAAGUACCAGUGGAUCAUACCAGGCUGGUACCAGGGCAACUGGUGGGAGCAGGCCAACUCCACCAACUGCACCACCAGGAAGUUGCUGACCGCUAUGGAGGGAUACAUCGCUGUGGACUUUGAACCGCUCAGCGCCAAACAGGUCAAGGGGAUCUCUGGAAGGACACCUAAAGAGUACGAGAGGGAGUACAGUAAAGAGCUGCAGCAGAAAGGGGUGGAGCCCUCGAAGUACCACGGCUUCGCCUACGACGGGAUCUGGGUGAUAGCUAAGACCCUGACCCGCGUCAUGGACUUACUGCAGCAUAAGGAGAGGCAGGACAUGUACCACAACUUCACCGUGGACGACCGGGAGGUGGGCAGGCUGGUGCUGGACGUCAUGAACGAAACCAACUUCUAUGGUGUCACGGGCCAAGUCAUGUUCAGGAAUGGAGAACGGAUGGGUACAAUCAAAUUCACACAGUUUCAAGAGGGGCAGGAGGUGAAGGUUGGAGAGUACAACGCUAUUGCUGAUGUCCUGGAUCUCAUCAACAACACGAUGAGGUUCCAAGGGGUGGAGCCUCCUAAGGACCGUACGUUUGUGCGUCUGCAGCGUCGCAACAUCAACGUACCCCUCUACAGCAUCCUGUCUGUUAUCACCAUCCUGGGCAUGCUCAUGGCAGGGGCCUUCCUCUUCUUCAACAUCAAGAACCGCAACCACAGACUGAUCAAGAUGUCCAGUCCCUACAUGAACAACCUUAUCAUCCUGGGUGGAAUGCUCUCCUACUCCUCCAUCUUCCUCUUCGGCCUGGACGGUGCCUUGGUGUCCGACAAAGAGUUUGAGGCCUUGUGUACUGUGCGAACAUGGAUCCUCAUUGUGGGCUACACGACAGCGUUUGGUGCCAUGUUUGCCAAGACCUGGAGAGUCCAUGCUAUCUUCAAGAACGUCAAGAUGAAGAAAAAGAUUAUCAAGGACCAGAAGCUGCUGAUCAUUGUGGGUGGGAUGCUGCUGAUUGACCUGUGCAUCCUCAUCUGCUGGCAGAUCGUUGAUCCGCUGAAGAGGACCGUGGAGGAGUACAGCUUGGAGGCGGACCCCCAGGGGCGGGACAUAGCCAUCCGGCCCUUCCUGGAACACUGUGAGAACACACACAUGACCAUUUGGCUGGGGAUCGUUUACGCAUACAAGGGCCUGCUUAUGUUGUUUGGGUGCUUCCUGGCUUGGGAGACGAGGAAUGUGAGCAUCCCGGCCCUGAAUGACAGCAAGUACAUCGGGAUGAGUGUGUACAACGUGGGCAUCAUGUGUAUCAUCGGGGCGGCCGUGUCCUUCCUCACGCGAGACCAGCCCAAUGUGCAGUUCUGCAUCGUGGCUCUGGUCAUCAUCUUCUGCAGCACGAUCACUCUCUGUCUGGUGUUUGUGCCAAAGUUCAUCACGAUGAGGACCAAUCCAGACGCAGCUACUCAGAACCGGAGGUUAAAGUUCAAUACGAACCAAAAGAAAGAGGACUCCAAGACGUCCACGUCAGUAACCAGUGUGAACCAGGCCAACACGUCCAGACUGGACGGCCUGCAGACCGACAACCACCGCCUCCGCAUGAAGAUAACAGAGUUGGAUAAGGAACUGGAGGAGGUGACCAUGCAGCUGCAGGACACCCCAGAGAAGACCCCGUACAUCAAGCAGAACCACUACGGAGGCGUCAACAACAUCCUCAGCAUACGCAACUUCACCGACGGCAAAGAGGGGGAGAAAUCGAUAGUGAAGAAUCAUCUUGAGCAGAAGCCUCAGGCCCAGUGGGGCUCCAUGGAUCCUUCCAGAAUAAACAGAGGUCCCCUGGAGGAUAUCAACUCACCUGAACACAUACAGCGCAGGCUGUCGCUGCAGCUACCCAUCCUGCACCAUGCCUACCUACCCUCCAUAGGGGGGGUGGACGCCAGCUGUACUAGCCCCAACGCCAGCCCCGGCUCCAGCCCGCGGCACAGACACAUGCCCCCAUCCUACCGGGUCAUGGUCUCAGGCCUGUGAGCAUCAGUCUCCCCUGGCGCUUCCAAGAAAGGACAUCCGUGUUUUAAAAACAACAAGCAGACCCUAGCUUAGGCUGUCAGCAACAGUGGAAUAAUAUGUGUGUUGGACCAGGGAGGGGGAAGUUGGUUCCACUCGUCAUGCCUCGGUCUCUAGAACCCCUCUCUAGAACCAUGGGUCGGGAAGGGAAGGGGGGAGGGCACAGGAGGACCUUACAAAUUACCCACAAUCCAGAGCAACAACCUCCUUUGGUCUCACCCCCCCCCCCCCAACAGCAGAGGACCAGACCUGGGGUGGAUCUGCUUCGAGGGUUUUAUGUUGUUGUUUUUAUUUUGUCAUACACUGGACUAUGUGUGAGCCUGUCAAAACGUGAGCAUUUCAGCUACGUCAAUGCCUGGGAGGCGUUACUAUAGGAACAAAGGAGUUCCAGACCGGACUGACGUAGGAUUCAUCAAAAUUCACCAUUGUGAACAAGCAUGUAAAUAGCAUACUUUCUGACUUUGACGUACCGUUAGCUUUGAGUAUGCUGUGAAUGAACAUAUGUUGGGGGGGGGGGGGGGUCUGUAUAGGGGUAGGAGGUCCUGAAAAAUUAAUGAAACCGUAGAAACUGGCCUACUACAAAGCAAAAUGUAAGACAAAUUGGUUUGUGUAAUAUUACUGCAUCAUUGUAGUGUGUUAAUUGUGUUAAAUGGAUUGGCUCAUGGCAAGAAGUAAGAUUACUCUAAUUUCUGUGACUAGCAAAAUGUCGAAAGACACCAGGGGCCAAUUCUUUUAACUUGGAGUAAUAUGCACACAGCUUAUUUUCCACUUUGCUACAUUUGCACCAUUCAUUUUUCUAUCUCUUUGCACAGGCCUUUAAUGUGCUUCAACUUCCCUAGUUUAAUUUACCUCCAAACAGGAAUGAAAUACUACAGUACAGAAGAAUGCCUUUAGAAGGCAACAAAACCAAACAGGACAGAUUUCCAGGAAACAAUGACAAUAGUAAUGACUCUCCAUGUUCACUAUGUGUUGACACACACACACACACACACACCUAUAGGGAAACAGGAGUGCACACCGUAUCCUAGUGAUGUUCAGAGUCCAGACGAGGCCUCGCCAAACAGGCUCCCAUUACCACUGUAAAUGGUCCAGAAACUGUGAUGUCACUCCAUUCUCUGGCUGUAGUGAGGAUAAAGCAGCAUCUUUCUAAUGACUAUAUGUUUCAUAAGUCAGUGAAAUGGGUGCAUGGUCAGACAGCAUCAAAAGUGGUGAGAAACUGAGAUCAAAGACUUGGACAGAGGUUCUGUUGACAAGACAUACAUUCAGAUCGUGAUGAGGAUGUGGGUUUGCCAUUUCGAUUUCGUCAGUAGUUUUGAAACCGUGAAAUUAAGUCCCUUUAAGCUGUUUCAAUUAGUUAAUCUAAAUUUAAAUGACCAAAAUGGCAAGUGGAAGGUACGUGAGCCGUAUGUGAACCCUAUCCAGAUGUGGCUUGAGCAGAAAUGGCGCCGAUGGAGACCACAGAACUGACCACAACAAUGGAACCACAGACUGGGAGAGAAGCACCUCUAAAUCACCUGGCACUUAGCAACAGUGGAACACACAUCAGAGUUGCUAUAGAAAUGUAUUUCUGUGCAGUUGGCCCAAAGGUCAUUUCUUGGACUAAAAUAGGGCCGUAGACAUAGCUAGCUAUCGUAAAAAAAAUUGUACAACUGUUGUCACAAGAACAAGGAAAACACAAAGUGGACGAAAUCCACCAAAAAGCUACGUAUCAUCAUCAGAAGUGUAGAUUUGUUUCAGCAAAUAUUUCACCAUUGGUGUCUUGGUUCCAGGUGUAGUUUUUAAAAGGCGUUUGUUGAGCUCUGUGCUUGUAGUCGUAUCCUGUACACUGCAGGAGCCACAGUAUACACCAGGCCCAGUAGGUAGUGGUGGUGGUGGUGUGGGCCAGGCUAAAUUAACUCAACAAGAAUCUGUAACGCAUCUGUAAAUUGUAUAACCUGUCAUGACUUCUUAACCAUUCAAUGCUCCAACACCUGGAAUAUAUAGGGUGAGAUAGAUCACUUGGGGACAACUCAUUACAGAGAGUGGGCUGCUCUGUGAGCUGGGCCUGGCGUCUGAACACUGAUGAUGUCUGUCAGCCAAGGAGGAAGCCUAUUGGAGGACAAGGAAUGGUUGGGAAGGAGCAGGUUGGAGACAGUACUGCUAUUGGACACAUCCAGGUGUGAAUUCCUGUCUGAGCUCCUCCCCCUAGCCUGGAGUCAAUGGGGCUGUCCAGAGCAGCAACACAGCAGCACAGACCUCCAUGAAGUGAAAAGGCUUCUUUCUCAUCCAUCUUUGCCCACCAGAGAAACACAGUGAGACACUGGGGUUGGUUGUUCCUUCAGAAAAAAAACGACACAUUUUAUAUAUUACAUUAUAUGUGAUUGUGUAAAAUUUACUGAUACCCUGAUGGUGUUGAUGUAUGUAUGAAAUAUUUGGUAUUUGGCUUUCUCAAGAUGGCAUGAAAUAAAAUGUAUAAUUCACAUAGGAGUUACCUGUUUUUACGACUGUCGUGACAAAUCAACUCUGUUUCUUCUCAGUCAAGCCAGUUUCAUUUUCAUAUCCCGUCAAAACGUUGCUUUCAUUUCUGCCAACCUCUUGUUCAGCAGUCCAGUCACAUUCUUUAAGAGGACAUCAUCAAGCAGUCAAUGUCAAAGCCAAGAUUCUCAGUGAGAAAUCCCCCCACACACAAUAUAAUGUAAACUACAUGCAGCAUUACACAUGCUGCAAGAUGCUGAGGGCAAUAAGUGUACAACACAUAAUAGCUUUGGCUAGCUGUAUCAGAAUGAACCUAUUGAACAGUCAAUAACACAUCAAACAUUUUCUUUUCUCAGCAUUUAUGGAACCUGACAGUCACUAUUUAUUGUUCUUACAAAAUGCCAAAUGCUGUUUAUCAGGUACUGUUACUUUUAUUUGCAAUGUGCCCUAAUUUUCUAUUAUCAAUUAAAAAUUGUUCUCAACGUCUGCAACAAUAGUUCUUCAAAUGCAAUGUUAGUAGUUAAAGGGCUCAUAAUAACUGGUAAUAAACUGCUUUUUCAUGCUAACGUU